AUGGACAGGGCUCAGAUGUCUGUGCUCCCACCCGGAGUGGAUGGGAUAUAUUCUCAUUCCAUUCCAACACUGGAAUUCAUAACUCAUCCAUUUGGACUGGACGACCAAUUUGAGAAUGGAUCAGGGGCAAGAGAGAGCAGUUUGGGGAAAGACAAGAAGCCCACUUGUCCUUCAAAAUCAAAUGCUUCCAUUACCCAUGGGCAAGGGAUAAGAAGACAUUCUAUGGGUUCCACUCUAGCAAACAAUUCUACAAAGAGUGAUGCUGCUACCAAGAAUGUUAAAAAAACUGCUACACACACCUCCCAACCCCAACCCCAAAGGCCUAAUCCUCUCAGAAAAUCGAUUGCUAGGCCUGUAUCGACGGAUCCCAUCCGAAAAAAGCCACUUGUUCCUCCUACACCACAAAAACUUGCAACCACCCCCAAGUCUGCUUCUUUUUCCUCAAAAUCCACUAUUUCACUCCGGUCAACAGAGCCACCAAUUGCAGCCAAGCCACCCACCUCGUCUUAUUCGUCUAGGACUAGGACUAUGACUACUACCAUGAUGACAAUGACGGCUAGGAGCAUGAAGGCGCAACCUUCCCCUUUCCCCACUAGUAAGAGGGGAACUACUACUUCGGCUUCAAACAAACCUCCUCUUACUCAUGGUAUAAAACAAGCAAAAAAUCUUGAAACCAAGCAUGAAAACAAAGAAAAUUUGGAUCGUCAAGUUGGGGAGGUUGUGAAAGAUGAGAAGAGUAAUAUACAUGAUAUAAAAAUACCAAAAGCCAAAGAAGAAACUCAACAACAUGAUCAUGUUGAAGAAGAAAAAGAAAAAUAUACCCUUGAGAAUGUUUCCUCUGUUACGCACGACCAAAAACAACAUCAAGUGCCUCAGACUGAAGAAAUGAAAGAUAAGGCUCAUGAACAAGAACUUGAUGACUCAAACUCCGAUGAGAAAGCCAAGGACAAUGACAACAAAGAGGAAAUCAAUGUUACACAUGAGGAGACUAAAACGAAAACCAAAGCCAAAGAAGUAGAAGAAGGUAAUACAACUGAGGAGGUGGCUGCUACAAAAGAAAGUGAAGAAGAAAACAAUGAUGAAGGAAAAAAGCAAGGGCUUGAGUUAGUUGAAGAGGAAGCCAAUGUGGUUUCCCAAAGCCAAGUAGAAGCCGAAGCAGAAGAUGGGGAAAAGGAAACAGUUGAACAGGAAGCUAAUGUCGUUCUUGAAAGUCAAGUACAAGCAGAAGCAUCAGAGGGGAAGCAGGAAAUAGUUGAAGAGGAAACAAAAAGUCGUGUACAAGCAGAAGCAACACAGGGAAAGCAGGAAACAGUUGAAGAGGAAGCAAAUAUGGUCCCUGAAAGUCAAGUACAAGCAGAAGCAGUAAAUGUGACGAAGGAAAAAGUUGAAAAGGGCACAAAUUUGGUUGCUAAAAACCAAGUACAAGCAAAAGUAGCUAAUGGCAAGAACAACCCACCAACACCCAACGGUGUUGUGGUGAAGAUGACGGUCAGUAAGCUAGUUACAGAGAGGAAAGGUAGCGUGAGAGCACUGGUCGGGGCAUUUGAAUCCCAUGGCAAAAACAAGGGCAGGGUGAGAGCACUCAUCGGGGCAUUUGAAUCUCAUAGAUAAAACAAACUUUAAUGACAAAUCACUAAUUCUCCUACAAAUAAAUCAACCAUGUC